CCUCCCUCAGCCAUCAACAAAUGGAGCUUCCUUAAAGGGCAAAUUCGGAAUUUAAUAAUAUCAUCCAUUUUCUUCAUCUUCUUCCUUUUUUCCCGCGAUCUCUUUAUUAUUUCUUUCAUUUUAUUUUUUUUAUUUUUUUUAUUUUUUUUGGAUCCUUUCAAUCUUAAACCUCUCUAUUUGAACUCAAUAGCUAGCGAUCCAACUCAGCCAUACCUGAGUCGGAUCAUCUAACUCGGUCAGUUUCACGGUUUUGCUUACAUUUUUGUUAUCAUCGUCGUCGUCUAUAUCUAGGGUUUUCAAGUUUCUGGUUUCGUCUGAUUAGGCUUCCUAGCCAUGGCUGGGGUUUACGCUAAUUGGGAGAGGCUGGUUCGAGCCACGUUGAAGAGAGAGCAGCUCAGAACUGCUGUACAUGGCCAUGGGAGAACUACGAGUGGGAUUGCUGAUGCUGUUCCUCCGUCGCUUGGGAAAACUACUAACAUCGAAGCGAUCUUACAGGCUGCUGAUGAGAUUCAAGAUGUGGAUCCCAACGUCGCAAGGAUUUUGUGUGAGCAGGCAUAUAGCAUGGCGCAGAAUCUGGAUCCAAACAGUGAUGGUAGAGGGGUUCUUCAGUUUAAGACUGGUUUGAUGUCUGUAAUUAAGCAAAAACUUGCAAGAAGGGAGGGAGCUCGAAUAGAUCGUAAUCGUGAUAUUGAGCACCUGUGGGAAUUUUACCAACGCUACAAGAGAAGACAUAGAGUGGAAGAUAUGCUGAGAGAAGAACAGAGAUUGAGGGAGUCUGGAACUUUUAGUGCUAACUUUGGAGAGUUGGAACUCAGAUCUUUAGAAAUGAAAAAAAUAGUCGCUACCUUAAGGGCUUUAGUCGAAGUCAUGGAGGCACUUAGCAAAGAUGCAGAUCCUGAUGGAGUUGGAAGGCUUAUCACAGAGGAGUUGCGAAGAAUAAAAAGUACCGAUGCUACGUUAUCUGGGGAGCUCACACCCUACAAUAUUGUCCCGCUGGAAGGAACAUCUUUGACCAAUGCAAUUGGAGUUUUUCCAGAAGUUAGAGGUGCAAUAUCUGCUAUCAGAUGUACUGAACACUUCCCAGGACUUCCUGCUGAUUUUGAAGUAACUGGACAGCGUGAUGCAGACAUGUUUGACCUUUUGGAAUAUGUCUUUGGGUUUCAGAAAGACAACAUAAGAAACCAGAGAGAAAAUGUUGUUCUUACAGUAGCAAAUGCACAAUCUCAACUUGGCAUACCUGUUGACGCUGAUCCAAAAAUUGAUGAGAAAGCAAUCAAUUGGGUAUUUUUAAAGGUGCUAGCCAAUUAUAUCAAAUGGUGCAAAUACUUGCGCAUACGAGUUGUAUGGAAUAGUUUGGAAGCAAUUAAUAGAGACAGGAAGCUUUUUCUGGUUUCAUUGUACUUUUUGAUAUGGGGCGAAGCUGCAAAUGUUCGUUUUCUUCCUGAAUGCAUAUGCUAUAUAUUCCACCAUAUGGCAAAAGAGUUGGAUGCAAUAUUGGAUCAUGGAGAAGCUAAUCUUGCUGCCAGCUGCAAAACUGAAAGUGGUUCUGUGUCCUACCUUGAGAAAAUCAUUUGUCCUAUAUAUGAGACAAUGGUAAAGGAAGCAGAGAGAAACAAUAAUGGAAAAGCUGCACAUUCAGCAUGGCGGAAUUAUGAUGACUUCAACGAAUAUUUUUGGUCACCUGCUUGCUUUGAGUUAAGCUGGCCAAUGAGAAUGGAUUCACCAUUUUUGCUGAAGCCGCGGCCUAAGAAAGGGAAAAGGACUGGAAAAAGCACUUUUGUUGAGCAUCGAACAUAUUUUCACUUGUAUCGAAGUUUUCAUCGGUUGUGGAUCUUUUUGGCCAUAAUGUUCCAGAUUUUGACGAUUAUAGCCUUCAACAAGGGACGCAUUAAUUUGGAUACUUUUAAGAUUGUACUUAGCAUUGGGCCAACAUUUGCUAUCAUGAACUUCGUAGAGAGUUGUUUGGAUGUUGUGCUCAUGUUUGGGGCUUACACUACAGCAAGAGGCAUGGCUAUCUCAAGACUUGUAAUUAGGUUUUUGUGGUUUGGUUUGAGCUCUGUAUGUGUAACAUAUCUUUACUUGAAGGUUUUGGACGAAAGAAAUGACCGUAACUCUGAUAAUUCAUUCUACUUCCGGAUAUAUAUUCUUGUAUUGGGUGUUUAUGCAGCAUUACGGCUAUCCCUGGCCCUAUUGCUAAAAGUUCCAGCAUGCCAUUCCCUCUCUGAAAUGUCCAAUCAAUCAUUCUUCCAGUUUUUCAAGUGGAUUUAUCAGGAGCGUUACUAUGUUGGACGUGGUCUUUUUGAGAGGAUAAAUGAUUACUGCAGAUAUGUGCUCUUUUGGUUGGUAAUCUUCAUAUGCAAGUUCCUUUUUGCUUACUUUCUCCAGAUUAAACCUCUUGUUGAACCCACCAAUAUCAUUGCGGACCUUCCAUCUGUGAAGUACUCAUGGCACGAUUUAAUAUCUAAGAAUAACAAUAAUUUCUUGACAAUAGCAAGCUUGUGGGCUCCUGUUUUGGCUAUCUAUCUCAUGGAUAUCCACAUAUUUUACACUCUCCUGUCAGCCAUUAUUGGUGGUGUAAUGGGUGCCCGAGCUCGGUUGGGUGAGAUACGUUCAAUUGAAAUGGUUCAUAAACGUUUUGAAAGUUUCCCAGAAGCCUUCGUAAAGAAUCUUGUCUCUCCUCAAACAAAAAGGUUGCCGUUUAACAGACAAAAUCCACAGGAUUCGCAAAAUAUGAACAAGACUUAUGCUGCCAUGUUUUCUCCAUUUUGGAAUGAGAUAAUUAAAAGUUUGCGGGAGGAAGAUUAUAUCAGUAAUAGGGAGAUGGAUUUACUUUCUAUUCCUAGCAACACAGGAAGUCUUAAAUUAGUACAAUGGCCUUUGUUUCUUCUGACUAGUAAGAUCUUGUUGGCGAUGGAUUUGGCUGUGGACUGUAAAGAUAGACAACUAGAUCUUUGGAAUAGAAUAGGCAGGGAUGAAUACAUGGCAUAUGCCGUUCAGGAAUGCUACUACAGUAUAGAAAAGAUAUUACAUUCCCUUGUUGAUGGUGAAGGCAGACUUUGGGUUGAAAGAAUCUACCGGGAGAUCGACAACAGUAUAGAGCAGGGUUCACUUGUCGUAACCUUAAACCUUAAGAAGCUUCCAUUAGUUGUGUCAAGAUUUACAGCUUUAACUGGGCUCCUGAUUUGGAAUGAAACUCCUGAACGUGCGAAAGGUGCUGCACAAGCUGUGUUUGAGCUCUAUGAAGUUGUGACACAUGACUUGCUGUCACCUGAUUUAAGGGAGCAACUUGAUACAUGGAACAUUUUAGCAAGAGCCAGAAAUGAAGGGCGUCUAUUUUCUAAGAUAGAAUGGCCCAAAGAUCCAGAAAUUAAAGAGCUAGUGAAGCGGUUACAUCUUCUGCUUACCGUGAAGGAUUCAGCUGCUAAUGUUCCAAAGAAUCUUGAAGCAAGAAGAAGAUUAGAGUUUUUUGCUAAUUCAUUAUUUAUGGACAUGCCUUCAGCAAAGCCAGUCAGUGAGAUGAUGCCUUUUUGCGUGUUCACCCCUUACUAUAGUGAGACUGUACUUUAUAGCUCCUCUGAAUUGCAAAAAGAAAAUGAGGAUGGAAUAUCAACUCUUUUCUAUCUUCAGAAAAUUUUUCCGGAUGAAUGGGAGAAUUUUUUGGAAAGAAUUGGUCGAGGUGAUUCUACUGGGGAUGCGGAGCUGCAGGAAAAUUCAAGUGAUUCUUUGGAGCUUCGAUUUUGGGUAUCUUAUAGAGGGCAGACUCUGGCUAGGACUGUGCGUGGUAUGAUGUAUUAUAGAAGGGCUUUAAUGUUACAGAGCUAUAUGGAAAGGAGAUCACUGGGAGUGGAUGAUUAUUCUCAAGCCAGCAUCCCUACAAGUCAAGGUUUUGAGUUAUCACGUGAAGCUCGAGCUCAAGCAGAUUUAAAGUUUACUUAUGUGGUGUCAUGCCAAAUUUAUGGGCAACAAAAGAAAGAUAAAAAGCCAGAGGCCGCUGAUAUAGCCCUUUUGUUGCAGAGGAAUGAGUCACUUCGAGUAGCUUUUAUACAUGUGGAGGAGAGUGGUUCAGCUGAUGGAAAGGUCUCUAGGGAAUAUUAUUCAAAGCUUGUUAAGGCUGAUAUAAAUGGAAAAGAUCAGGAGAUUUAUUCCAUCAAACUUCCUGGUGAUCCAAAGCUUGGUGAAGGGAAGCCUGAAAACCAAAACCAUGCCAUAGUCUUCACUCGUGGUGAAGCUGUUCAGACUAUUGACAUGAAUCAGGAUAAUUAUCUCGAGGAGGCAAUGAAAAUGAGGAAUCUUCUUGAGGAGUUCCACGGAAAUCAUGGCCUUAGGCCACCAACUAUUCUUGGUGUUAGAGAGCAUGUCUUUACAGGAAGUGUCUCUUCAUUAGCAUGGUUUAUGUCCAAUCAAGAAACCAGCUUUGUUACCUUGGGCCAACGUGUAUUGGCAAACCCUCUCAAAGUCCGCAUGCACUAUGGACAUCCUGAUGUGUUUGACCGAAUAUUCCAUAUCACUCGUGGUGGCAUUAGCAAGGCAUCAAGGGUUAUUAAUAUUAGUGAAGAUAUAUAUGCAGGGUUCAACUCCACAUUGAGGCAGGGCAACAUUACACACCAUGAAUACGUUCAGGUUGGAAAAGGAAGGGAUGUUGGCCUAAACCAGAUUGCCUUGUUUGAAGGGAAAGUUGCAGGUGGUAAUGGUGAGCAAGUCCUUAGCAGGGAUGUAUACAGACUUGGACAGCUUUUUGAUUUCUUUAGAAUGUGUUCUUUCUUCUUCACGACCGUUGGUUACUAUGUCUGCACUAUGAUGACAGUCCUUACAGUGUAUGUAUUCUUAUAUGGAAGGGUUUACCUGGCUUUCUCUGGACUUGAUCAGCAAAUUUCAGAAACAGCAGAAGUGGAGGGUAAUGCAGCACUUGAUGCAGUUCUAAAUGCACAAUUCUUGGUGCAGAUUGGAGUUUUUACUGCUGUACCAAUGGUCAUGGGUUUUAUUCUGGAAUUAGGAUUGUUGAAGGCUGUUUUUGGCUUUAUUACAAUGCAGCUUCAAUUGUGUUCUGUCUUCUUCACUUUCUCACUUGGAACCAGAACUCAUUACUUUGGACGUACCAUUCUCCAUGGAGGGGCAAAAUAUCGUGCAACUGGUAGAGGUUUUGUUGUCCGUCACAUAAAGUUUGCUGAGAAUUACAGGCUUUACUCGAGGAGUCAUUUUGUCAAGGCACUGGAAGUCGCUCUGCUUCUCAUAGUAUACAUUGCAUAUGGGUACACGUCUGAUGGUCCUGGUUCAUUUGUUUUGCUGACCUUGAGCAGUUGGUUUCUAGUCCUCUCCUGGCUUUUUGCUCCUUAUAUCUUUAAUCCUUCUGGUUUUGAAUGGCAAAAGACAGUAGAUGAUUUUGAUGAUUGGACAAGUUGGCUUCUUUACAAAGGUGGAGUAGGGGUGAAGGGAGAUGAUAGCUGGGAAUCAUGGUGGCUCGAAGAGCAGAUGCACAUCCAAACAUUCAGAGGUCGAAUAUUAGAAACUAUUUUGACUUUGAGGUUCUUUGUAUUUCAAUAUGGCAUUGUGUAUAAGCUCCAUCUCACCGGGAAUGAUACAUCACUUGCGAUUUAUGGCUUCUCCUGGGCUGUAUUGAUAGCCAUUGUCCUGGUGUUCAAGAUUUUCACCUACAGUUCUAAAAAGUCAUCCAACUUCCAGCUUGUGAUUCGAUUUACACAGGGUGUUUCAUCCUUGGGACUUCUUGCUGCAAUUGUUCUUGUUAUCGUGUUCACCAAUCUUUCAAUUCCGGACUUAUUUGCCUGCAUCCUUGCGUUUAUUCCUACUGGAUGGGCCAUAUUAUGUUUGGCAAUCACCUGGAAGAACAUCGUCCGGAGUCUUGGCAUGUGGGACUCAGUUCGGGAGUUUGCCAGGAUGUAUGAUGCUGGAAUGGGUAUACUUAUUUUCACUCCAGUAGCAGUGUUGUCAUGGUUCCCAUUUGUCUCCACCUUUCAGUCUCGGCUUCUGUUUAACCAAGCGUUUAGCCGUGGGCUGGAAAUUUCACUCAUUCUCGCUGGAAAUAAAGCAAAUGUUGAGAUCUAACCGGUUAAUUUUUCCUUCAAAAUGUUGGUCCUGCUCGGAUUUGUUUGUGAUUGUAUAUAGAUUGAUCUUCUAUGUACAAUAUUCUUUCAUUUCUGAAAUGGCUGAGGAUCUAUCGUCGUUGUAGCUGUAUAAAGAGUUGUAAAAAUGGUAGCUUUGAUAGGAAUUUCUCGGUUAUUUUCCGUACAAAAAUUGGUGUUUGAAGAGAGGAUCUUUGUAAUGUAAGAUUUUCAAACUAACCGCUAGAUGGCUUCGGUUUUCUAUUUAUCUGUUA